AACAAGCAAAGCCGAAGACAAACACAAGCAACAAAGAGAAACCUCCUAUGUUUCAACAAGCCAAGUUUUCAACUCAAGCAGUUUUUUUCUCAUAAGCCAAAUCUUUCCAUGGAUACAGAAACUUCGCCGUUUGAGACUAGUGGGAUGCUGGCCAAUUUCCUGGCUUCCACACCAUUGCUAACCGAGUCAUGGAGGUUAUGCAAUCUCGCCCAAGCAAAAUCACCGCAGAGUUUCGUCGCUGAACAGGUCGGAAAUAUUGGGUAUGUGGCCUUUCCCGGCACCCUAUUUGUAUCAGGCUCAGACCCCAGUUUCAAGAAUUUGGUUCGUUUGCCAGUACAUGAUGUUGCUGGCAAUGACCUUUUUGCUCCUUUACAUGACCAAAAUGAAGGGGAAGAGCCUGUCAUGGUGCAAGGUGCCUUGCUGAGGAUUUUCGAGAAUAUAUACAGCGACCCAAGUUUUCAAAACCAGAUGUCUACGCUAAUGCAGACAAGCCAGUCAAUUAUCUUCACAGGCCAUUCCAUUGGUGGAACAACUGCCUCUCUUGCUGCUCUUUGGCUCCUUUCUUAUCUUCAAUCCAAUUCUCCGAACCUCUCAUUACUAUGCAUCACCUUUGGCUCUCCAUUGCUAGGCAACGAGACCCUUUCUCGUGCCAUUCUUCGCGAAAGAUGGGGUGGCAAAUUUUGCCAUGUUGUAUCGAAGUAUGACUUAAUGCCACGGAUACUCUUUGCUCCACUAGAUCCCAUAGCUCCCCUCAUAAAACCCCUAUUACAGUUUUGGCACUUGUAUAUGACUUCUCCACAUCUUGGAUUGCUUGCUGUCCAACGAAAUGAUGACUACGAGGCAGAGAUUUUCAAGUUUGUGUUGGUUCAUCUGAGAAGGUCAGUAGAAGCUGGGGAAGAGGCAGUGACAGGAGUGUUUAGGCCAUUUGGGAACUAUUUUUUCUGUUCUGAAGACGGAGCAAUUUGUGUGGACAACGUGGAAUCUGUUAUUAAAAUGAUGUAUUUGUUGCUUGCAACGGGGUCGUCUAGCUGUAGCAUUGAGGAUCAUCUCAAGUAUGGUGAUUAUGUAGAGAGAAUUUCCUCACAAUUUUUGGAGAGGAGAAGUUUCAUGGAAGGAGAGCUUCCUGAAUCAAGCUAUGAAGCAGGAGUUGUACUGGCAUUACAGUCCUCGGGAAUUUCCUGUCAGGAACCAGUCGCAGGGCCAGCCAAAGAUUGCCUAAAGGCAGCAAGGCGAAUGGGGCGUACACCAAACCUAAACUGUGCCAAUCUGGCAAUUAAGCUGUCCAGAAUCAAUCCUUACAGGGCAGAAAUAGAGUGGUAUAAAGAAUUGUGCGACCGGUCUGAUGAUCAGAUGGGUUACUAUGACUCCUUUAAACGAAGGGGAGCCUCGAAAAGGGACUUUAAAGUCAACUUGAACCGGCACAAGCUAGCUAAGUUUUGGGACAACGUAAUCGACUUGAUGGAAAGCAAUCAACUCCCUCAUGAUUUUCACAGACAUGGAAAAUGGGUCUAUUCUUCACAGUUCUAUAAGCUCCUUGUCGAGCCUCUAGAUAUUGCUGAGUAUUAUCGAACAGGCAUGCAUCACAGUAAGGGGCAUUACAUUAACCAUGGAAGAGAGAGGAGGUACCAGAUAUUCGAUAGGUGGUGGAAAGGGAGAAAUGUUAGAGAUGAAGAGAAUAAACGGAGCAAGUAUGCUAGUUUGACUCAGGACACAUGUUUUUGGGCUAAAGUGGAGGAAGCUAGGGGGUUGUUAGAUGAUGUUGGGAAUACUAGGGAUCCUAGUCAUUCGGCUUUGCUUUGGGAGAAGAUGGAUAGUUUUGCAAGCUAUGCAAAAACGUUGGUUGAAACUAAGGAGGUGUCUGCAGAUGUGGUGUUAAAGAAUUCGAGCUAUUCUUUGUGGCUGAAAGAUUAUAAUGAACUGAAAUCGCAAAGGGAGCAAUUCCGUCCCCAGUUUUCCGGUUUUAUGAACAGGGAAAUAGUUCCAUAGUUUCUAUUCAAAGGCCAUGAUGCCAAUUGCCAUGCAGGAUUUGUAAUGAAUAUGUAAAACAUCUUUGUAGUGUAUGGUAUAUGAAUCAAUCUA